AUGUCAGGUCUGCGUGGUAAGCUGCAGCGUGUCCAGUGGCGGGCAGGAUGGCACUCCUUCACCUCCAGAGUCCUCAGGACCAAACCGGUAGAGAGCAUGUUGGACUCUGGGACAGGUGGUACAAGCAGCCAUGGCACCAAACUAGCGAGGGUGCUGUCCACGGUAGACCUGGUGUCACUAGGGGUGGGCAGCUGCGUUGGCACGGGGAUGUACGUGGUCUCUGGGCUGGUUGCUAAGGAGAUGGCCGGACCUGGCGUUAUCGUCUCCUUCAUCAUCGCUGCUGUCGCCUCUAUACUGUCAGGAGUGUGUUAUGCUGAAUUUGGGGUUCGCGUUCCCAAGACAACAGGCUCAGCCUACACCUACAGCUACGUGACAGUGGGGGAGUGUGUGGCCUUUUUCAUUGGCUGGAACCUGAUCCUGGAGUACUUGAUUGGUACAGCCGCGGGGGCGUCAGCUCUCAGCAGCAUGGCGGACUCACUAGCCAAUAAAAGCAUCUCUACGUUUAUGACUACGCACAUCGGAACACUCAAUGGCCUGGGUAAAGGAGAGCAGUCGUACCCAGACCUCCUGGCCCUGCUGAUAGCAGUGAUAGUGACAGUGAUCGUGGCCCUGGGGGUGAAGAACUCAGUAGGGUUUAAUAAUGUGUUGAAUGUGAUCAACCUGAUGGUGUGGGUCUUCAUGAUGGUGGCCGGACUCUUCUUCGUCAACGGACACAACUGGGACGAUGGAAGGUUCCUACCCUUCGGGUGGUCAGGGGUGAUGCAGGGAGCGGCAACAUGUUUCUAUGCCUUCAUAGGGUUUGACAUCAUCGCUACAACAGGAGAGGAAGCCAAGAGUCCCAACACCUCUAUACCCUAUGCUAUUACUGUUUCCCUCAUCACAUGCCUUACUGCAUACGUCUCUGUAUCAGUGAUUCUGACUCUGAUGGUUCCCUAUACAGAGAUCGAUGCUGACGCUCCCCUGAUGGAGAUGUUUGCUGUCCAUGGCUGUUAUUUUGCUAAGUACAUAGUAGCAGUAGGCUCUGUAGCUGGCCUGUCUGUCAGUCUCCUGGGCUCUCUGUUCCCCAUGCCACGAGUCAUCUAUGCUAUGGCUGGAGACGGACUGCUGUUCAGGUUCCUGGCCCAUGUGUCUCCCUACACUGAGACUCCAGCGGUGGCAUGUGUUGUGUCUGGCUGUCUGGCUGCUCUCCUCUCUCUCCUCGUCUCCCUACGAGAUCUCAUAGAGAUGAUGUCCAUAGGAACACUACUGGCUUACACACUGGUUAGUGUGUGUGUGUUGUUGCUACGCUACCAGCCAGAAUCAGACAUCCACGGCUUUGUGAACUUCCUGUCUGAGGAGCAGUCCAAUAAGAAGAAGGAGGGCGUGUUAGCUGAGUGUGAGAAGGAAGUGUGCUCUCCAAUCAGUGAAGUAGAUGACUACGGAGGACCUCAAACUAACACCUGUGGAGCUAAGAAUCUCCCCUCGCUAGGCGACAACGAGAUGCUGAUUGGUAAACCAGAUAAAACCACUUACACUGCCAGCCACCCGAACUACGGCACCGUCGACAUGGGCUCCGGCAUCGAAUCAGAGGAGUCGGAGGGCGGGAUGUCGUGGAGGCUGAAGAAGCUGAUUGGUCCGCGGUACUACACCAUGAGGAUCCGAUUGGGCCUGCCUGGGAAGAUGGACCGGCCCACUCCGGCAACGGGAAAGACAGUUACUGUCUGUGUCCUCCUCCUCUUCCUCGUCGUGUUCAUCUUCAACUCCUUCAUCAUCUUCGGAGCGGCCAGCAUCGGUGAUGGCAGCUGGUGGGCUAUUCUCCUGCUGAUCUUCCUGGUCAUCUUUAUGGCCCUCCUCAUCGUCAUCAUCCUGCAGCAGCCAGAGAACCCUAAGCGACUGCCCUACAUGGCUCCGGCUGUUCCCUGGGUUCCUGCUGCUGCCAUGCUGGUCAACAGCUACCUGAUGUUAAAACUGUCUGCCAUCACCUGGAUACGCUUCGCUGUCUGGUGUUUCCUAGGUAUCCUGAUCUACUUUGGCUAUGGGAUGUGGAACAGUACUUUGGAGAUCAGGUCCAGGGAGCAGGAGGUCCAUGCGUCUACAUACCAGCGCUACGAUGGUCACCAUGCCGGGGUGGACGACGGCUUCUCAGGCUUCAGCGUUGACGACGACCUCUACCCCCCUAGCAACAACGACCCCUGGGCCGCACCAGACGGUGUUGACGGGUCAGGGCUGGUACCCCCCAAGGCUGAUGAUGAUGAUUGGACGGAUCCAAAGGGAGGAGCUAAGAGAGCGCUAGCGGAGGAGGACCCAAUGGAUUUCUGA